UCAGUACAAACAAGGCAAGUGAUCUAUACCUAGCUUUGAUACCUAGCUCUCUCUAUUAGUGGCCAUGGCUUCAACACUUAUUCAAGCCUUCUCUUUCCGCUUUGUCUUUGCUCUCUUAGCCAUUUUCUCUCUCCUAGACUACGGUUCUUGCUUUAAUCCAAAACUCUUAAAUUAUAAUACCUCCAAAGCUGAGUCUGGUUGGUCACCUGCUGGAGCAACUUGGUAUGGAAGUGCAACUGGUGCUGGAAGUGAUGGUGGUGCUUGUGGGUAUGGAACUUCUGUAGAGCAAUCUCCUUUUUCUUCCAUGGUAUCAGCUGGAGGCCCUUCUCUGUAUAAAUCAGGCAAAGGUUGUGGGGCUUGCUACCAGGUUAAAUGCACUGACAAUGCGGCAUGUUCAGAGAAUCCGGUGACCGUCGUGAUUACCGACGAGUGCCCUGGUUGUGUAUCAGAGUCAGUUCACUUUGAUUUGAGUGGGACUUCAUUUGGAGCUAUGGCAAAGUCCGGUCAAGCUGAUCAACUACGUAAUGCAGGACAAUUGCAGAUUCAAUAUCAAAGAGUGGAGUGCAACUAUGGAGGGACAAAGCUUGCCUUCCAUGUUGAUGCUGGGUCCAACUCCGACUACUUCGCGGCAAUGAUAGAAUUCGAGGACGGCGAUGGUGAUCUCAGUGGUGUGGAUCUCAAGCAAGCUCUGGACUCAGAUACUUGGCUCUCCAUGCAAGAAUCUUGGGGUGCAGUGUGGAAGAUUAACUACGGGUCUGAGAUGAGAGCUCCUUUCUCUCUCAGGCUCACAUCGCUUGAAACCGGCAAGACCCUUGUGAUAAACAAUGCCAUUCCGGCGGGGUGGACGGCCGGUGCUACUUAUCGAUCAGUUGUCAAUUAUCAAGACUAAUGAUCAGUUUUAUCCAAGUCUUAAUUAUUAGUUUAUGUCUUCUAAGUCAAUUAGUGUUGAUUAGAAGUUUUGUUUUGUCUACUUGUAAUAUCUUCCCUUUCCAUAAAUAAGGAGAGGAGAAGUCUCAAUGGAUAGCGCCCGCCCAUGGAAAAUGGUGUUGAUGAACCUUGACUCACAAAGUCCCAUUUGCCAUGUGGUAGAUUAGAGGUGUUAGUAAUUAAUCAUAAUAAAUAAAUAAAUAAAUAACUUUCCUAUUGA